UGCGAGGCUUCUGCUUGAGCUCUGCAUGUGUCGUGAGUUGUGUGCCAUAGGGUCGAUUCAACCCAGAUCCUCGAAGAAGACCCGCCCAGGAGAGGAGACGCAUUACGGAAAAAAUCGAAAUCCGGGGAAGCGUCCGCUGCGGAGAAAGGCGCCUUAAGAGGGAAAACCCGACAGCGUGAGAGCACGAACAUGACCGCCAAGACCGAAGUGAGCUACUGUGAGAAGUGCUCUGUUCCUUUGGACUUUGGGAAUGCGCCAUCAAUCGAGGAAGAUAUACCGAUCAAUCCGUGCCCUGCGCCCGAACGAGCCUCGCUCGCCGAGCGCAGAGCGCAACGCAGAGUACUGGGCCCCCUUUCAAAUAAUACUCCCAAGAAAUCGACGGCUUACCCGACGGGUGCUCGAAAAAAAAUAACUCCGUAUGAAGCAGGGGGGUUUUCGCAACACAUGGAGACGACUGCCCGGCUCAAGGAAGUUCUUCGAGACAGCGAGAAUAAUGAGCUCCCCAUGUGCCGCGAAUGCGUCGAUACUUUAAUGGAUUUCAUGCAGGAAGAGCUGGAUGCGGUCGAGAAAGAGGUUGCUGCUCACAAAACAUACCUUGACCGACUGGGAGAACCAGAUCAAGAGGGAAUGGAAGAACUCCGCGCCCAGUUGGAAAAGCUCCAUGCAGAAGAGAGAGAGUUGGACGGCAGGCUGAGUAAGCUGCAAACGGAACGCGAUUUGGUUUUCAAACAGCGCGACGCGUUGCUCAAGGAGAAGGAGCGCUUGGAGAAACUAGAGAAAGUGGAAUUCCGUAACUACAUGCUAGAGAAAGAACUGUGGUUUGUCAUGUCCGACAAAUUGACCUCAACCGAAAACCGGCUCGAAUACGCCAAAGCCCGUCUCAUGGAGAUGAAGAACACGAGUGUCUUCGACUCAUCCUUCAGGAUUCGUCGCGAGGGAGCAUUGGGCAUGAUAAAUGGCUUUCGACUCGGAAAACCAACCCGCGAAGAGGACGCGAGAGAAUGGUGGGAGCUCAGCAUGGCCUGGGGCCAGCUCACGCAGGCGUUGUUCGCCUGUGCGAAGAAGCUCGACUUCACGCUGGACAAUUACGCUCUAGUUCCUUACGGAGAUAAAUCAUACAUCGUGGCGCAGAGGGCACGCAAGAAGCUCCCGCUGUAUCACAGUAUCGGGACAGGGCAGCUAUUCAAUCCCGAAUUCGACUCAGCAAUGGAGGCCUUCUUGGAUUGCUUGCAGCAGUUUGAGGCAGAAAUCCGACGCCAGGACAGAAACUUCACCCUUCUUCAUCCCAUAUCAGGCAGCGACAUUGGCGAGCGAGAUUCCGAAGACACCUACUCUAUCCGGUACUACUUCAAUUGCGAGGAGGAAUGGAACAAGGCACUCAGAUGCGUGAUGAUGAACGUGAGCCAAAUACUCAGAUUCGUGUCGGCAAAAUCGAAGAGGGAGGAGGAGUUCCUAGACUUUGAGCGUGUUCCCGGUCCCGGAGAAAUUCGUUGAUGCCCACAGAGGGGGAGACUCUCGUCCGACAGACAUCUAUAAUGUAUCCAAGAUGACGGGGAGCUCUGAAACUUUAUAAUUUCUAACUUCUAACUGACUGUUCAAUACGAGUUUUACAU